GGAUACCUCAAUCUACUUGCCUUCUGUGGUGAUAGACUGAACCCUACUCUGAGAGUGAAUCAGGUUUCCUGAGCUCCCACAAAGAUGUCUUGCCAGCAAAGCCAGCAGCAGUGCCAGCCUCCUCCCAAAUGCCAGACCCCCAAGUGCCCACCAAAGUGCCCUCCUAAGUCUCCAUGCCCUCCCCCUGUCUCUUCCUGCUGUGGCUCCAGCUCUGGAGGAUGCUGUGGCUCUAGCUGUGGGGGUGGAGGUGGCGGAUGCCAUAGCAGGAGAUCCCGAAGACGCCAACGCCAUAGCUCAGGAUGUUGUGGCCAUAGCAGUGGUGGGAGUUGCUGCAGCAGUGGCCAUAGCAGUGGUGGUGGAGGCUGCUGCAGCAGUGGCCAUAGCAGUGGUGGUGGAGGCUGCUGCAGCAGUGGCCAUAGCAGUGGUGGUGGAGGCUGCUGCAGCAGUGGUCAUAGCAGUGGUGGUGGAGGCUGCUGCAGCAGUGGCGGUGGGAGCAGUCAGCAGUCCGGGAGCAGUGGAGGAUGCUGUUGAACUGGUCCCCUCAGUCAACACCAACUAUAUUAGAAGAAUAAAAAAAACCAAUGACCCUGCACCAUCCUGUAGUUUCUCCCCACUACUACUUUCAUGUCUUCUCCCUUCCUUCCUGGAACUUGAAUUCCUAAGAUUUUAGAAGCAUUCAAAGUUAUUUCCUGGGAAAAUCGUUCUGUUGAAGUCCUGAUUGACCCUGUUAUUGAUACCUGCUUGAUCUCUUACUCCUGCUCUAUAUCCUGUCUUUUAAACUUUCUAGAAAGCACAUAGGGGAGGAGAGGGGAUCUCCAAACAUAAAAUUUAAUGGUCUGAUCCACAGGGUUCCUUGGUUGAGAAAGAAAAAUAAAAUGAGUUUACUUGGAA